AAACUUGGUAACCUGUCUGUCUACUUCUCGCGAGAUGCGGCCAGUUGCCAAAUUACUGACAGCUAUGGGUCUGCGUUGGGUUUGUAUCAAAAUACUGAGGGGUUUCAUUUGUGAGGGCUCAUCCUGAAACUACAUUCGCUUCUCACGCGUGACGGUCAUUUUUCAGUUACCGAUUCUGUGAAAUGUUCAAGUGAAUAAUCAAAAUGAACAAGGCAAAAAUUAUAACAGAUAAAGGAGUCCCCAGUAAUUCUCGGGUCCUUACACUUCUGUCCCAGCUUGAGAAGAUUAAUGCAGAGUCUGCAAUACUGGAUGCAGACAAUGCCAGACAUAUCACGUCAAAAAUCCUUCAUCUGAUACAAACUCAAGAGAAAACAAAGAAAGAAAUGACAGCCAAGGGCUCCACUGGCAUGGAAGUCAUUCUGUCCACGCUGGAGAGUACUCAAGACCUUCAGACUACUCUGAAUACACUAUACAUUCUAAAUGAACUGGUCUCAGUUGCCGGUGGACGGAGAAUCUGUGUUCUGGUGUCAAAGGGAGGGACCCAGAUCCUCCUGCAGCUGCUAAAGAGUGCCAUUAAGGAGUCGCCACCCUGUGAGGAGCUUAUGGUACAGCUUCAUUGCAUUCUAGCAAAGGUUGGUCCAAAAGACAAAAAAUUUGGUAUCAAAGCCAGACUUAAUGGAGCCUUAAAUAUUACUCUUAAUUUGGUGAAACAGAACUUGCAGAACCAUAAGCUUAUUCUACCUUGUCUGCAAGUUUUAAGAGUAUAUUCCAGCAACUCUGUAAAUGCUGUGUCCUUGGGCAAAAAUGGUGUUGUGGAGCUCAUGUUUAAAAUAAUUGGUCCUUUCAGCAAAAAGAAUACCAGCCUUCUAAAGGUUACUCUGGAUACACUGGCAGCUUUACUGAAGUCAAAAACCAAUGCUCGAAGGGCAGUAGACAGAGGAUGCGUCCCUACACUGCUAGCAAUUUACCAGGACUGGCAUCAGGCUGACACACGUCAUAGGCACAUGCUCAUUAGAAAAGGAAUUCUAGGUUGCAUCAAAAAUAUUACAAACAUCAAGCUGGGCAGAAAGGCAUUCAUCAAUUCAGAUGGCAUGAGAACAUUGUAUAACAUCUCUCAAGACUGCCUGCCAGUAAGGGCCUUGGAUCCACUGAUUAACACUUCUACUCUUAUCAUGAGAAAAUGUUUCCCCAAGAAUCGCCUUCCUGUUCCAACAAUAAAAAGUGUUUUCCAUUUCCAACUACCUGUUGUUCCAGCAAACGGCCCUGUGGCACAGAUCUACAGUUUACCUCCAGAGGUGGAUGAUGUAGUGGAUGAAAGCGAUGAUAACGAUGACACUGAAGCUGAAACUGAGAAUGAAACUGAGAAUGACGAUGAUGAGAAGGACCAAAAUUUAAAGAAUGAUGAUAUUGAAACUGAUAUCAACAACCUGCGACCAAAGCAGGACCUUAGCCGACCAUUUGAAGAAUUAAAAAUAUAUGAGCGUUUUUUCCCAGAACUUACUGAAGACUUCCAGGGAUAUGACUUCGGUGCAGAGUGGUCCAGUAAAAGCAUGCCAGUAAUGAAACCAAAAGAUCCAGUCCCCAUAGUUGUACCCACAGCAGGGGAAGAACAGUCUGCAGACCUCUGUAGCACAAAGAAAGAAAACAAACUAUUGAGAAACGAAGAGACAAAACAGACAGCUUCCCAGACAGGGGACUUUGAAAACCAACCGGCACUGCUGGACAUUAACAGCUUAAAAAUCACAAAGAAGGAUGCUGACGUGCAGGCAAAUAAACUGCUCCCUUCCCAGUGCCUCAAGCAUGAGUUAAACAGGGAGAUGGAACGAUUGAACCUAGAAGGGGAGAGUGCCUCAAAAAAUCUUAAAAACUGUAAUUAUGCCUGCGUGAAUGGACCGAAAAACAAAGGUGGGCUCCAGUGCGCUGCCAGCAAUAAAGGCUGCCAGCAGUUCUCUGGAAGCAGUGGGCCUUUACCAGAGUACAGGUCCUCUCCGCUGUGCUGCCCCGGGGUGGAGGUAGAUCAUGACGAUGACUCUAGUUCCUCUCAUUCCUCUGGAGAGCAAGGCGUUCUGGAAGUACCAGACACAGCAGCUGUCCUACCUUUACAUGACCCGGAGCUCUACAUUGAAACUGUUAAACACACCAAAUCAGUUCCUAAAUACACUGAAGUAGCCUACCCUGAUUAUUUUGGUCAUAUUGCACCAACUUUUAAAGAGCAUACCUUAGAAAGACUGUAUGGAGUACAGAGAACCAAAAUCUUCCAGGAUAUUGAGAGACUAAUCCAUUCCAAUGACAUCAUUGAUAAAGUUGUGUAUGAUCUGGACUUAUCUAGCUGCCCUAUUAUUGAUGAUGGAGAGUCCUUGAAAUUUAAUUCACAGUUUGAAUCUGGGAAUGUACGUAAAGCAAUCCAUGUUAGAAAGUUUGAGUAUGAUCUUAUACUGAACUCUGAUAUUAACAGCAACCAUUACCACCAGUGGUUUUACUUUGAGGUAAGCGGAAUGCGGAGUGGUGUUCCCUACCGCUUCAACAUCAUCAACUGUGAGAAGUCCAACAGCCAGUUUAACUACGGAAUGCAAGCUUUAAUGUAUUCGGUCCAGGAAGCAUUAAGCGGUAGACCACGCUGGAUUCGCACAGGAACGGAUAUCUGUUACUACAAAAACCACUUUUCGAGGAGUUCCAUUGCAGCUGGGGGUCAGAAAGGAAAGUCUUACUAUACAAUCACAUUUACGGUCACCUUCCAACAUAAGAAUGAUGUCUGUUACUUUGCUUACCACUACCCAUAUACCUAUUCUACUUUAAAGAUGCAUCUUCAGAAGCUGGGGUCCAUGCACAGCCCUCAGAUUUACUACCGCCAAGAUGUCCUCUGUGAGACCCUAGGUGGGAAUAGCUGCCAUGUCUUGACUAUAACAGCGAUGCCAGAGUCCAAGUGUUAUGAACAGAUCUGUCAGUUCAGAAAUCGGCCCUACAUUUUUCUCAGUGCUCGUGUACAUCCUGGGGAGACUAAUGCAAGCUGGGUGAUGAAAGGAACUCUGGAGUUCUUGAUGAGCAACAGCCCCAUGGCUCAGAGCCUAAGAGAAUCGUACAUUUUCAAAAUCGUUCCCAUGCUAAAUCCAGAUGGAGUCAUCAAUGGAAACCACCGUUGCUCCUUAAGUGGUGAAGAUCUCAACAGGCAGUGGCAGAGCCCAAACCCUGAUCUUCAUCCCACCAUCUAUCACACCAAAGGCCUGUUGCAGUACCUAGCUGCAAUACAGCGGACACCACUAGUAUAUUGUGAUUAUCAUGGUCAUUCUCGCAAAAAGAAUGUGUUUAUGUAUGGCUGCAGUAUCAAAGAAACUGUAUGGCAGACUAAUGUGAGUGCCACCUCGUGUGAACUUCAAGAAGACCUGGGAUACAGGACUCUUCCCAGGAUUUUAAGUCAGAUCGCCCCAGCAUUCUGCAUGAGUAGCUGCAGUUUUGUAGUUGAAAAAUCCAAGGAGUCCACUGCACGUGUGGUGGUAUGGCGUGAGAUUGGAGUGCAGAAGAGCUAUACCAUGGAAAGCACUUUAUGUGGUUGCGAUCAAGGGAAAUAUAAGGGUCUUCAAAUAGGAACAAAGGAACUAGAGGAGAUGGGAGCCAAGUUCUGUGUUGGGUUGCUGCGUUUAAAAAGAUUGACCUCUCCAACGGGGUACAAGCAUCCAUCCCACUUCCUGGACUUGGAGAAUGAUUUGAUUGAGUCCAGCUGUAAAGUCACAAGCCCCACCACCUAUGUGCUUGAUGACGAUGAGCCCCCGUUUCUGGAGGAGGUUGAUUACAGUGCUGAGAGCAAUGAGGAUGCUGAUGUGAACGAGAAUGCUGCUGACAAUGAUCCUUGUACCCAGGAAGCUGUGCUCUCUGACUGAAGCAACCAGAGACUACCUACACUGAGCAUUACAUUUAAAGAGAGAUCCAUAUUUAAGCUGACAGCAACAAGAAAGCACAUGUUAGUGCUUAAGGAAUUCUGAUUUAUUUAUAUAUACCGGUAGCUUUUACAUUUUUAGCAUUACAUUUUGAUUGCAUUUGUUUAACUUAAUAUUGCUGCAUGGCUAUCCUGAAUUUAUCUUCUAUGAUUUUUAUAUUUUUUGUGCCAUGUAUUUGUCAAAGAAAACCUCUGGGCUAGCUCAUUGUGCUGUUGUGCAUGUGUUUUGUGAAAAGUGCAGAGUUGUACAGCUUUUUUCUGUAGUAUUCAAAUCAAUGAUGUAUGUAUUUCUUGAAACAUUAUGUAUCUUUAUGUGAUUGUGCUAAAAAAAAAGAAAUCAUUUGAAACUUGCUCUAAAAUUAUGUGACACAAAUUAAAUGACCUACAGCUUACUUAUUUUUUUGUUCUUCUAUUGGUACAGAAAGCACUGACAUUACAUUUUUUUCUAUAAUGGUAAUAGGUGAAAAGCAGCAAUAUAGUUUUUCGUUAUGUGCUAAAUGUAAAUUAAAAAAAAAAAAAAGUUGGGCAAUUGGAUCAUUCGUUUAUCAGGGUAGAUCACAGUAGUGAGUGGAGAAGGACGGGAGAGCCAAGACCAAAACUAUAAGAGAAAAGUCUCAUGUUUAACAACAAGGUGAGCAAAAGCAACUUAAACCAAUCCAAAAUCCUUUAAAAAUAAAACACACAGGGAUUUUCAAUGGCUCUUCUAGUGAAAGCAGUGGUUCUAAUCCCGUUCAGGGAUCACUAUAUUGGACUUCGGGUUAGGGAAUAAAAUCAAGGGUAAGAAAAGAAGCAAUACCCCUAAUGCCAUUAGCUCAUGAUAUUCAGAACCAUGAUACUGCAUCACAAGGAAUAUCUGCAGUACUGGAACUGUGUUCUGUAUCUCAGGUUACUGUAUUCUGUAGGGGACUUCAAACAGAAUUGUGCUCAAUGGUAAAUGCCCAAAAGAAGCAGCAUUUUAGUCCAGCUGUAUCUGGUUUUCUAGCCACGUUGUAUGUUGUCUUCAUCAAUGAGAUAGUAGAUUAAAAUGAGGUAAUUUGUUUUGGUAACGAUGCUACCUUCACAAGAAUCGGCUCUCCAAAACAAAACCUUAAGAUAAACAUCAAAAGAAUUGGCCUUCAGGGCACAUAAAUGGUGUGAUGGUGUUUUUUUUUUACUUCUAUGAAAAGCAAGACUGAAUUGAGAUAAGAGCUGAAGUUCCUUAAACUUGACAUUGUUAUUGUCGCAGACAUACACUGAUUAAAACAAGGGAGAGGUAUGGCUACAAAGCUAGCAAGAGGGUCGGUGUUCAAAACAAAGUGGCACAUUCUUGCACGCCUCACUCAGCAGCUAAACUAUAGGAUCAUGAAACUGGGUAAAACGAACCAACAUUGUAGUAAUAUUUUGGUCUGUGUCUCUUACACAGGGUGGCUAAUUAAUAUGCAAGGGGGGAAGAAAAUAAAUAGAAAUGGUAUGUCGAGAUCAUGAAAAAUUAUUUCAGGAUCUCGACAUUUCAAGAUCAUGAGAUUAAUUAUCUCAGGAUCUUGACAUUUCAAGCUGUUAUGUCGAGCUCACAUGAUCAUUUAACUUGACAUAACGCAGUAUGUAAAGUAUGGCACCAUACUUCCAUGGUAAUGACAACCACACUUCUUUAAACAGGUCUUACCACUUCUGACUGCAUUGUUCUGUGUUCCAAUACACUUAAUAUUUGUUCUUCUAACCUCUAGAAUUUCUUCAGUAGCAGUGGCUUGAUAUGAAUGCCCUGUUAUUCCUCUGUAGUCUGUGUGUCAUUUUUAGGAUCUAAAAACUUUCUACAUAAUUAUCAUACAGGAAAAUCAAAUCAUCAAUAAAAUAUUUUACCAUGUUCUACCAUGCACUAUGCCUGAUUCAAACGUUUUUGAAAAGCAUGCUGCCUCCAUAAGUACAAUGUUCUCUUUUUCCAGUUACGUCUCCUUAAAAAUGAGUGCUUCUUGGAUUAUGGUGGCACCAGUCCCGCUUCUUUAUGAGAGUGUGAGACUAGGGGUCUACUUCUGCUAUAGUUAAACUGCAUUGUAAUUGCCCAGAACGAGGUGUAUUUCAUUCAUGAUUGCACCCAAAUCAUAAUGUGUGUUUCAUACAUUUUACACUGGAACUUAAACUCUUAAAACAGGCCCUGGACUUCUCCUGUGUUGUGAAGUGUUGUUAAGACACAGCAUGGGUUAAAGCAUGGCAUUGUGUCUGCCACUUACAACUAUGUAUGCAACGUGACUCUAGCAUGAAUUCUUUGUGUAACAGACGCCUGUCCUCAGUGUUUCACAACAAUAAUGUCUGAGGAACUACUCUCAAAAUGAUUUACAUGAUUAGAGGGAGGCAGCAAGCACAUAGAAAGGUUCAUCUUGUCACAUUAUCAGGUCAGACAAAUUGUAGUGUAACUCAAUACGUGUGGUGUAUGGUUUGUCUUUAGAGAGGCCUUUUUGUGCAGUUUGCACAAUAAAGUGAAGAUGAGUGGUCCUGUAUGCCACAGCUAUGAUUAUGUUUGUAUUUAUCAUGAAAUACUGUAAGUUUUUUGCCCAUAGUGUAGAGCACCUAAAUCUUGUCUCCCACUGCUAUUGUCAUCCCAGAAGUGGAUGCUCUGUAAUGUCUUGAUAAUCCUUUCUCUGCAAUCUCAUAAAGAUACCUGUCUGAACUUUGUAAAGUAACUUUGUACUUAUUGUAGAAAAGAAAUACAAAGGAAAAAAUUCAGAGAAGAAUACCAUAGUUUUAACAACACAAAACUUACCAAAAAGUCUCAGGACAAUAAUAUAAUUUGUCUUAUGAUAAAAAAAAAUAA